AUGUCGGCCUGGGACUUUGACCAUAAUGGUGGUGGCGGUGGCGGGCGCGAGCACUUUGAGUGGGAUGAUGAGCCCGAGUGGAACUUCGACAGGCUGGACCACGAAGACCACGAGGAUUGGGACGAGCAAUUUGCUCUCCACGCCUUUGCCCACUCCCCACCGCCGCCGACUCACUCCGCCUUCACCAACACCCGCAACGCCGCCCCGCCUUCACAAAGACACGAGAACAACAUCUCACGUUCACAUGACACGGCUUUCCUUGACACCCUACUUCACGCCACUGCCCCAGCAAGACGCCGAACUCAAGCUGUGACCGCUCAAGCCGACCUCACGCGAAGACACCCCGCCGACCCGCCACGAGAUUCAGCGGCGACCUCCAGUCGACGACCUUUUUCAAACUCACGUACUCACACCAAUCACCCGAGCCAUUUCGGAUAUAUUCCAAGUGCUCUAUUCGACGAGUCGGACAACGGAGACGACACACCUUACUCCACACAACCAUCCACCCGUGUUUCCGACCGAGCUUCUGAAGAUUUCGUGACUCUCGAAGAGGAUACAGACGGGGAGGAAGGGUUAGCAGCCAUGGCACCAAGUCGUCGACGCACCACUCGCCGAGAGUCAGCGACGGUGGACCUCACCCCAGGUGCUUCAACCACAGCGACUUCGCAACAGCGCUCACGCGUCCGCAAACGCUCAGUCGACUCAACCGCGGCAGGCGAAGGUCGUGCCUUCAAACGAGGUCGGGUGUCGCAGGAGGAUACUGAAGAGAUUGACCUCUCAAAGGACCCACCUUCCGCUGAAGAGGAGCUGCUACAGAAACAGCAGCAGGAGGCCAUCAAGCAACAGCACGCCGCAGAGGAGAAUCAAGGGCCUUACAAAAUCGGGAAGAGGACUUGCAUCAUAUGCAUGGAGAACUUCACCAACUGCACCAUUGCAUCUUGUGGCCACUUCUACUGCCACGAAUGCCUCAUCCAAGCACUCAUCGCUGGCGAGAAGAACUCCGACCGUGGUCACGGAACCUGUCCCCAGUGCCGCAAGCCACUCACGAGGAACACCAAGAAGAAGCGCGAUAUCAUCCCGCUUUCGUUCAUGAAGAAGGAGACGUUCGAGAAGAACAGGCAUAAGCGUUUGCAGGCAUCGUAG